AUGUCGGAUUCACUCAGUCUAUGGCAGAUUACUCACUCUUUACCAGGCACUGAGAUUGCACGAUCAAAGGAAGGAAUUUUUAUUUCACAACGCAAGUACGCGCUAGACAUACUUGAUGAUGCUGGGCUCUUGGGGUCACGCCCUUACUCUUUCCCUAUGGAGCAGACUUUGAAACUCAAGCCCACUGAUGGAAAGCUUUUACAGGAUCCUUCCAGAUAUCGACGACUCGUAGGCCGCCUCAUUUACCUCACAGUAACAUGA